AUGACCGUCACAGCUGAUAUCAACGGAAAACGCUACAACGCCACGUUCCCAGGGGCAACUUCAAUUUCUACUGCAAAAUCGUGUACAUAUGUUGAUGGGAAGUACACGGAAGAGUUCUGUAUCAGUGUCAACAAUGAGACGUAUGUUUACAAGACGGUUGACGGCAAAACAACUGUCACGUCAAGCGGCACAGGACAAACAGUCAGAGAUCCCUUCCAAGUCACCUCGAUUGAAUCGAUAGCACCAGCACCUAGGCUUGGCCCAAAGUAG